GGGGCUCGCUCCUCGCGAGGUGCUCACCCCGUAUCUGCCAUGCAAAACGAGGGAGCGUUAUGAAGGAAUCCGUCUUGUAAAGCCAUUGGUCCUGGUCAUCAGCCUCUACCCAAUGCUUUCGUGAUGCUGCUGCUGAUCUAUUUGGGAAGUUGGCUGGCUGGCGAGGCAGAGCCUCUCCUCAAAGCCUGGCUCCCACGGAAAAUAUGCUCAGUGCAGCCGCGUGCAUGAAUGAAAACGCCGCCGGGCGCUUCUAGUCGGACAAAAUGCAGCCGAGAACUCCGCUCGUUCUGUGCGUUCUCCUGUCCCAGGGCCAAAAAACCCACCUGCACUGCAUGGUUUCCCCAGCAAGAACAUCCCAGUGAGAAUGGCCCACAGAUGCCUGGGCAUGGCUCACCUGCAACUUCAACCAUGCAGGUGCUGCUGCUAACAUCUGCAGAAGAUUUGGACUGCACUCCUGGAUUUCAGCAGAAAGUGUUCCAUAUCAAUCAGCCAGCUGAAUUCAUUGAGGACCAGUCAAUUCUAAACUUGACCUUCAGUGACUGUAAGGGAAAUGACAAGCCACGCUAUGAGGUCUCAAGCCCAUACUUCAAGGUGAACAGCGAUGGCGGCUUAGUUGCCCUGAGAAACAUAACUGCAGUGGGCAAGACUCUGUUCGUCCAUGCACGGACUCCCCAUGCAGAAGAUAUGGCAGAACUCGUGAUUGUCGGGGGGAGAGACAUCCAGGGCUCCUUGCAGGAUAUAUUUAAAUUUGCAAGAACUUCUCCUGUCCCAAGACAAAAGAGGUCCAUUGUGGUAUCUCCCAUUUUAAUUCCAGAGAAUCAGAGACAGCCUUUCCCAAGAGAUGUUGGCAAGGUAGUCGACAGUGACAGGCCAGAAAGGUCCAAGUUCCGGCUCACUGGAAAGGGAGUGGAUCAAGAGCCUAAAGGAAUUUUCAGAAUCAAUGAGAACACAGGGAGCGUCUCCGUGACACGGACCUUAGACAGAGAAGUAAUCGCUGUUUAUCAACUAUUUGUGGAGACCACUGAUGUCAAUGGCAAAACUCUUGAGGGGCCCGUGCCUCUGGAAGUCAUUGUGAUUGAUCAGAAUGACAACCGACCGAUCUUUCGGGAAGGUCCCUACAUCGGCCACGUCAUGGAAGGGUCACCCACAGGGACCACGGUGAUGCGGAUGACAGCCUUUGAUGCAGAUGACCCAGCCACUGAUAAUGCCCUCCUGCGGUAUAAUAUCCGUCAGCAGACGCCUGACAAGCCAUCUCCCAACAUGUUCUACAUCGAUCCUGAGAAAGGAGACAUUGUCACUGUUGUGUCACCUGCACUGCUGGACCGAGAGACUCUGGAAAAUCCCAAGUAUGAACUGAUCAUCGAGGCUCAAGAUAUGGCUGGACUGGAUGUUGGAUUAACAGGCACGGCCACAGCCACGAUCAUGAUCGAUGACAAAAAUGAUCACUCACCAAAAUUCACCAAGAAAGAGUUUCAAGCCACAGUCGAGGAAGGAGCUGUGGGAGUUAUUGUCAAUUUGACAGUUGAAGAUAAAGAUGACCCCACCACAGGUGCAUGGAGGGCUGCCUACACCAUCAUCAACGGAAACCCAGGGCAGAGCUUCGAAAUCCACACCAACCCCCAAACCAAUGAAGGGAUGCUUUCUGUCGUCAAACCAUUGGACUAUGAGAUUUCCGCCUUUCACACCCUGCUGAUCAAAGUGGAAAAUGAGGACCCACUCGUACCCGAUGUCUCCUAUGGCCCCAGCUCCACAGCCACUGUCCACAUCACUGUCCUGGAUGUCAACGAGGGCCCAGUCUUCUACCCAGACCCCAUGAUGGUGACCAGGCAGGAGAACAUCUCUGUGGGCAGUGUGCUACUGACAGUGAAUGCCACGGACCCCGACUCCCUGCAGCAUCAAACCAUCAGGUAUUCUGUUUACAAGGACCCAGCAGGUUGGCUGAAUAUUAACCCCAUCAAUGGGACUGUUGACACCACAGCUGUGCUGGACCGUGAGUCCCCAUUUGUCGACAACAGCGUGUACACUGCUCUCUUCCUGGCAAUUGACAGUGGCAACCCUCCUGCUACGGGCACUGGGACUUUGCUGAUAACCCUGGAGGACGUGAACGACAAUGCCCCCUUCAUUUACCCCACAGUAGCUGAAGUCUGUGAUGAUGCCAAAAACCUCAGUGUAGUCAUUUUGGGAGCAUCAGAUAAGGAUCUUCACCCGAAUACAGAUCCUUUCAAAUUUGAAAUCCACAAACAAGCUGUUCCUGAUAAAGUCUGGAAGAUCUCCAAGAUCAACAAUACUCACGCCCUGGUAAGCCUUCUUCAAAAUCUGAACAAAGCAAACUACAACCUGCCCAUCAUGGUGACAGAUUCAGGGAAACCACCCAUGACGAACAUCACAGAUCUCAGGGUACAAGUGUGCUCCUGCAGGAAUUCCAAAGUGGACUGCAACGCGGCAGGGGCCCUGCGCUUCAGCCUGCCCUCACUCCUGCUCCUCAGCCUCUUCAGCUUAGCUUGUCUGUGAGAACUCCUGACGUCUGAAGCUUGACUCCCAAGUUUCCAUAGCAACAGGAAAAAGAAAAAAAAAAAUCUAUCCAAAUCUGAAGAUUGCGGUUUACAGCUAUCGAACUUCACAACUAGGCCUCAAUUGUUCCGGGUUUUUGUUUUCUUUGCAAUUUCACUUAGUCUGUACUUCAUCAUUUUGACAGCAUCUUCCUCCCUCCUUUAAUUAAUGGAAUCCUCUGAAUUUUCCCUGAAUGUUUAAAGAUCAUGACAUAUGACUUGAUCUUCUGGGAGCAGGAACAAUGACUACUUUUUCUGGUGUGUUAACAUGUCGCUAGCCAGGGUUCCAGGCACCCAGUUUUGUCUGUGGGUUAGUAUUGGUGUAUGUAUGAGUAUCUGUAUGUGUAUAUACACGGUAUUUAUAGAGAGAGACUAUCCCGGAGAAGCCUCGUUUUGAUGCCAUUCUUCCUUGCAAGGUUAAGCAAGGUGGGUGAAAACUAAGACAACUGAACCCUCCAGGGCCUCCCGCUUCAAGGUCAGCAUGAGGACAGACCACAGAGCUGUCACUUUUGCUCUGAAGCUGCUUCUCCACUGUCCCAUUCAGUCUGAAUGCUGCCACGACCAGCCAGGCAGGUCCACAGAGAGGGAGAGCAGAGAAAGAAGUCCUUUCUCUUUACUGAGUUCGAGGACUGCAACUGAUUUUCACUGCCAUCUGAUGCCGUGAUCCUGAGCCAAGGUGGUGAGGAGCAGGGCGGGCAAUUUCACCACCACAUGCCAAGAAAAGGGCUGACAUUUUCUUUCAUGGGCACCAACCUGCAUUUGUCUGUGUCCCGAAUCCACAGUCGCACUGAUUCUUAUGGGGACACAGAUCAUGGUAAAGAAUCUCUCCCUCCUCAGUAAAUGUGUAACUGCAACUGUCAUCACGGAGGUCAUACCUGCAUACAAAGAGGUCUACAGGUACCAUCUUGUAUACACAUAUAUACCCACAUGUACAGACAUACAUUUAUGCACAUUCACUCCGUUUGUUUCAUAUAUACAGGCAUAAAAUAGAGUAAAUACAGGUAGUUUUAAAAGUACCCUUUUGUGUGAAUUGACUACCGUUGUUUGCAAACCUGAAAAUAAAAGACGUUCAUUAUGUAUGAAAAGUAACUGAUUUGUAUUCUGUGAGCAUGUAAAAGCAGAAAGUUAGUGCUUGUUCUAAGAUUCCCUUCUUGUUGAUAAACCGUAAAUGAAUCAUCAAAGCUCACACCAAAUUUUUCUAUCAAAACUAGUGACAGCUUGUGGCUUUUGAUUAGAGCUCGCCACGAACUAGGGUAAGGUAAGUGUCUUAGCAUAUUUUAAUGCAGUUGCUUUACUAAAGGUUUUAACCGCACACGCACACACACACGCUUUCUUAUGCAAUCUAUGUUUGCACUUGUGCUUUCAGUUAGCCUUCUGUAGGAAGUAGAAGUCAUAUGUUGUCUUUGUUGUAGUGAAAUUAUACAGAUAGAGUUCCAUAUAUUGUAUUUGUUUCCAUAGUAAAUCCUUUUGGAACAUAUAGAAUGCAGAGAUUUUUUUUUCCAUUAAAAUAAAUGGGUAUUGGUGGUUAAAA